AUGAACACUUCGUCACACCAUGCACAGCCCAAUGAGCACCUGGUUGUUGGCUUUAUUGCUAACUCCUUUGGGCCCGAGAAUGCUAGUAAAAUAUUCGAUAAGUUCAUAAGAAGCCCGGGAAGCCAAGACCACCAACGUCCUCCGGCGCACAUACUGCAGUACACGGACGGAACAUAUCGUUCUAACUCACGCCCUGAUAUUGUUCUCGAUUACCCCAACGACGGGAAGGGCACCAUCGUGCCACAGGGCAUGUGGCAACCCAUGCAGAACGGAGACGUUGCCCGCCACGUCCGAGAUGCCACGUUAUUGUUCCCUAUCUUCUUCAUCAACCUCAACUACACGAUAGGUGUCGAGCUGGCGCAGAUUGUCAAUGCUCGCCCUGGCACACCUGUCAAUAUCUAUCGCGCGAACGAGCUUGUGCCUCUCGGGAAUCUGGCUACGACCCACCUCUGUCUCAAGUGGCCGGGUUAUGCGCAGGGUUACCGUAAGCAGGUCGAAAUCAAGGAUGCCAAUAAGGUGCCGAUCACGAUGUCAAAACUGGUUGAACGCAUCGCCAGCUUUGUCUCGCGGUUCAUCGACGAGGCCUCUGGAUGGCCGAUUGACCCGAGGAGCGCUCAUUGGCGUGUUGGUCGAGGAUUUAUUACCAAGGACAAUUUGUACGUGGUAGGGCUGGUUCACGUUUCGGCUGGCUGCUGGCAACCUGUGAUCCAGCUCAAGGGCGUAAACUAUCUCUGA